AUGGACUUUAUUCGGUGGUUUAAAUUUUUAGUUAUUACAUUUACUUUUCUCACUCCAGGGGCGUGGGGUAUUUUAAAUAAGGUGAAGAUCCCUUGGUUCAAAUUAGCAGUGAACUCCGAAGAUUAUACACUGGAUGAUUUUAUAAGUAGUAUGCUUGUGGUGAAUGAUACCAGCACAAGAAGCGAUGACCACCAAUCCCUGGUGGCGGAGGAUCCUUGCGAAAAUUACUUUCCGUUAAGACCAAAAUUGGAUGGGGCAAUGCGAGUGAGCGAACAAAAGUGCCUGGAAUAUGUUACGGAUAUGGUAAAUCGAGAAAACAUAAGCAAGAGAGAGGUAGAAUGCAAAAACAAGCACGGGCAGUCUACGGGCAGAACGCGAAUAACAAUUUCCAAAAAGCAUUCAACGAAACGGGGGGAAUAUUCACACAUGGUAGCGCUCGGAUGGAAAACGAAGAAGAAGAACUUUUGGAAGUUCUUCUGCGGAGGAACGCUUAUCAGUGACAAGUUCGUGCUGACCGCUGCGCACUGCGCGUCACUGACUAGCAAACAAGUGGCUAGAAAUCACUUAACCCAGGCGGACCCACACAUUGUCCGGCUUGGUACCAGAAUGAUACAGCGACGUUUCACCGACGUAAAAAUCAAACAAUUCAUUCAACACGCAGAUUGGAAAUCACCAGUGCGGUACAACGACAUAGGCCUCGUAGAACUGGCAACAGUUGUUCGAUUUUCAAAAUUCAUCCAGCCAGCGUGUGUAUCAGCUAGGGAUGUAACUACACAAACAGCUACUAUCACUGGAUGGGGCGCUACUGACGAAUCGUCAACUUCGUUGUCAUCUGUCCUACAGUCAGGUGAAGUCGAUAUAAUAGACUCGUCUAAGUGCGAUUCGCUGCUGAAGCCGUUGCUAAGUAGAAACUGGUGGGGAGUGAUGCCCCAUCAGAUUUGCGCUGGCAAAUUAGAAGGGGGAGUUGACACUUGUCAAGGAGAUUCUGGUGGACCACUACAAGUUAAACUUCAGGAAACCCAAUACGAAGGAACAAUGCACGUGGUGAUUGGUGUGACGUCAUUUGGAUUUAAAUGUGGAGUCAAAGACACAACUGGUGUUCUCCACGAAUACAAGCCAUUCCUUACGAGAUAUCAGAAUGGCACAUUAGUAAGAGAAGACACAAUCACAUUCCACGAUGCAGGAGAUAAAAAUCAUAAGAACCGGACCACGCCAAAAGAAGAAGAUCCAUGUGAUAAGUUUGUCCCGCUGAAGCCAAGAUUCGCGAUAAAGGGUGCUAGAAUCAGUGAUCUAAAAUGUGCCGAAUACAUGCUGGAUUUAGUAAAUCGAGAAGCAGUGAGGGAAAGAGAGGAAAAAUGCAAACAAAAGCAAGGUAUAAAGGUAAUUAAAAAAGGAACUCAAAUUAUAAUAAGCAAAUAUUCCACUAGACCGGGACAAUAUCCUCAUAUGGCAGCCUUAGGCUGGCAGACGAAACGGAAUGAAUGGGAAUUUCUAUGUGGAGGUUCUCUUAUUAGUCCUAACUUUGUAUUGACUGCUGCCCAUUGCUCGUCUACCUCCAAUGACAGACUGGAGCGUAAAGCACCAGAUAUAGUCAGAUUAGGUGCAAGAGAUAUUCAAGGAAGUACAAAAUUCGAGAAAUCAGUUGAUAUAAGAAUCAAGAAUUUCAUCAGCCAUCCUAGUAGAAACGUGUUAACAAAAUAUUACGACAUAGCGCUCGUUGAGUUAGACUCUUCUAUAACAUUCUCCCAACUCAUUCAACCAGCAUGUCUUGAAGGGAAGUUCUAUACCUCUAGACAUAACGUUACAGUCACAGGAUGGGGUGUUACAGACACUAAUACUUUUGCUCUGUCUUCCCGUUUACAAGCGGGAGAUGUCGACAUUAUAGAUUCUCAGUACUGCGAUCUACUAUUGCGGGCUUUUCAUGACCGAAAGUGGUGGGGUCUUAUGGACCACCAGAUGUGUGCGGGAAAGAUCGAGGGCGGAGUUGAUACAUGUCAGGGGGAUUCUGGAGGACCACUACAAGUUAAGUUAAAAGAAACGAAAUACGAAGGGUCAAUGCACAUGGUGAUUGGAGUGACUUCUUUUGGUAUCAAAUGUGGAAAGAAAGAUCAGCCCGGAAUAUAUACGAAAGUCUCAAGUUUUUUGGACUGGAUAGAGAGUGUUGUGUGGCCAAAAUAA